AUGGAGGUCAAAGUCAUUGUUUUCCUUUGUUUUCUUCCUACUUUAAAAGGACUUCCUCUGGAGAAGAGGUUCCUAGGACUCUUUGGUCUGAGCGUGUCAAAUCCAGCGGAUAUAUCAGGACUUUACAACAUAAAAGUUCCGGGAGACGCAACGGGUUAUCUCGACAUAAGCCAUCAGCAGCAAAGCGCAGGGGCAACCGGAACCGGAUAUGUGCAACACCAAGGACAAAACGGUCCUGGAUCUUUUAUCUUGCAAUCGGGCGGUGCUGGUGCGAAUUCCCUACCUGGUAAAUGUGACCAGGUUAUAACAUCUCUAUGUCCUGUGGAUUGUAAGGAAAUUGAUGCGGUGACUGGGUGUGUCACGUGUAAAUCUGGAUGCGGAUUAAAUACCAACGCUCCAACAAGCAGUCCGGCCAUGAUACCAUCUUCAACGACAGCCUCGCCGAUGUGCCCUGCUUUUCCUCCCACCUGUCCGAGAGGUCACGUGGCUAUUGUUAACGGAUGUCCUAUUUGUACAGCUCACCUAACAACGACACAACAAACUACAACAGCGCAGGCGCAACUGACAUGCGCACCUGUCAGAUGUACAGCGCCGUGUAACAAGGGAAUCAUGCUGGGAGCUGACGGGUGUCCAGCCUGUGUUUGCUGAAGACAUAGACUUUGUUUUUGUACUGGGGCCUGGCAAAAUUUAUUCGGCAAU